AUGUCGGAAUACCCAACGCUAUCACUAGUUCAGUUUCGCACGGCACUUCAAGACAUCUCACAAUUGGAACUCGAGUCCAAGAUACACCAACAGCUAACAUUUAUUUUCAAACUAGUGGAAACGAAUAAUGAGUUAGCGAAGGAAAUAGCGAGUGGGGAAGCCUCGGCGGAGGAUGCGCAGAUGUAUCGAGAGACGAUUGAGGAGAACAAAUCUAGCUUGGUUGAACAGAUUGCGAGAGUCGAAAGCAUAUAUAGCGAAUUUGUCGAACGUGGGUUGAUUAGCUCGGAUGAGAAGGUUGCCCGAGAGAAGAGGUUGUUGGAUGAGAUUAACGAACGAGAUGAUGAGGUUAAGGUGGGGGAGCACGGGGAACGGGGAGGAGAAGAAGACAAGGACAAGGACGUUGGAGAGGUGUUGCUCUGA